AUGGAGACUGCUCUGAAGGCUCUGCUCUUCCUGCUCUUCCUGCACCAUGGGGCAAAUGCAGAUAUACAGAACUUCUGCACUAACUCAACGGUCCUCCGCACUCGCACGGCCUGUCACUCCUGCAGCAUCAGCACAUAUGUUCGAUGUCCACCGGGAUUCAAACAAACUCCUGGAACCAUCCUCAAAGACUGCAAAUAUAACAUCGCAACCGUCACCCUGAAACUGUCCCUCCCUGGCUGCUCUUUUGAGUGUUACCGAGAGGUGGAGACCAAGACCUGCUGUCCCGGCUUCUGGGGUCCGGACUGCAUGGAGUGUCCAGAAGAGGCCAGUCGACCCUGCAGUGGCCGAGGCGUCUGCUCUGAUGGACUUGGAGGAAAUGGCACCUGUCUCUGCCAGGACGGCUUCGCGGGUACGGCGUGUGAAGAGUGCGCCCCGGGGCGAUACGACCCGACUUGCAGUUCAGUGUGUUCUUGUGUCCAUGGUUUGUGCGACUCUGGUUUGAAAGGAACUGGACAGUGUCUGUGUUUCUCUGGAUACACACAACCAAAUUGUGACAAAGAGUUACCCGAGUGUUCGGCGCUGAACUGUGGAGCAGGCGCUCGCUGCAUGGAGGAGGCCGGCACGGGGCAGCUGGUGUGCCAGUGUCUGCCUGGAUACCGACGAGACUCCACUAACUCCAACUGUGUUUCCAUCGACCCUUGUGCCCUGAAGCCCUGUCAUGCCCAGGCCACCUGCCUCAACACCGGCCCAAACAUGCACCUCUGCUCAUGUGUGAAGGGCUACACUGGAGACGGCCGUGUCUGCAUGCCGUACAACCCCUGUCAGAGCGAUCGGGGAGGCUGCGUCUCCAACACCACACACUGUGUUUAUGAUGGACCUGGAAAGUCUCACUGCGAGUGUCAGUUGGGCUUCGAAAAUCUGGUAGACGGCCACUGCAGCCUCAAAAGUGCCUGCCAACCAGAUUCCUGUGAUAAAAAUGCCUUGUGCUCCACUGCAGGACCAGGAAGGAUUGAAUGCACCUGCCUCCCUGGGUACACUGGGACUGGAAAAGUGUGUUUUGGAAAUAUUGUUCAACGCCUGAAAGAGUUAAACACUGAACCUGGUGGGAAGUGGCUGAACCAGCUGAGCAACAGCCUCUCUCUUUUUGACUCCCUAAUAUGGCCUUUGGAGAAUCUGGGUCCUUUCACUGUCUUUGUGCCAGUCAAUAAAGGUUUCAAACCAGGCUUGGUAAAGUCUCUCACAGCAGAUAAUAGUAAAGCUAAAUACUUAUGCAAGAUGCACAUGGUCGCGGGUAUGAUGUCAUUGGACGUUUUGAAAAGACAUGACGUCUUCUACACCUUGACAGGGAAAUCUGCUGAGACUGACUCCUCUGAUGGGACCAAGAUCCGUAUCCAUGGCAGCAGAAGGAAAGCAUCCAUUCUGCAGUCAGAUAUCGUAGCAUCCAACGGCAUGAUUCAUAUCAUCAGUAAAGCCAUGGACAGUGUUUCUCCGACUGUUGACAGCCAGCCACAAGAAAAUCUGAUGAAGAUUAUUGCAGACUACACCAAAUUUUCCAAAUUCGAAGCCUUGUUACAAAGUGUUGACCUGUGGUCUCUGAUGGACACGUCUGGUCCCCUCACUGUCUUUGCUCCUGUUUCUGCUGCAUUUGAAAACAUGGGGAAUGGUCAGCUUGAGUACUUGACUGGAGCAGAGGGUCGCACAAAAUUAAUAGAAUUUCUUCGAAACCACAUUGUUCCGUCUACCUCUCUGGACGUUUACAAUGCUGUGGCGAGCCCCUGGCUCACUACGAUGGCCAAUCAACAACUGACCAUUAAUAUCACUGAAAUGGGUCAGAUUUUGAUAAACGGAGCAGAGGUUUUGGAGGCAGCAGUAGAAGCGAAGAACGGAAAAUUAUAUGUUGUAGAUGAGGUCCUAACUCCUGCCUCCAUUCAACCCAUCCUUCCUCACAGGUGUGACGUGACAGAGACCAAAGCUGUUAAGAUGAACUGCACCAGCUGCGCAAAAGUGGAGCAGACCCGAUGUCCAUCUGGACACGUACUAUCUGGAUUCACACAAGGAUGUGUUUACAAGUUUAAUAUAGGCCAGCAACGACAGACUUUUAGUGCUACUGGUUGCACGCCUAUAUGCAACCUCAAUGUUACGACUGCAGCCUGCUGCUCUGGCUUCUAUGGCCGUGAGUGCGGCCCUUGUCCUGGAGGACACGCCACACCAUGCUCUGGACAUGGACAGUGUUUGGAUGGUCUAUCUGGAAAUGGAACAUGCAUAUGUGAAAAAAACUUUGGAGGUUCUCGUUGUCAUUACUGCUUCUCUGAUAAAUAUGGCCCAAAUUGUGAUAAGAAAUGUCCUUGUGUUCAUGGACAGUGUGACAACCGGCCAGAGUCUGAUGGCCGCUGUAAGCCGAAUUCUUGUGCAGAGGGCUACACAGGGCAGUUCUGUGACAGGAAGACCUCUCCCUGUGGGGUUAAUGCCCAGUUCUGCCAUGCCCAUGCUGAGUGUGACUUUAAUAAGGGAAAGCUCCAAUGCUUGUGUAAACCUGGUUAUGACGGUGACGGCAUCACAUGUGUGGAAUCAGACCCGUGUGCCCUACCUCUGCGAGGAGGCUGCAGUGUGAACGCUAAAUGCAUCAAGACAGGUGUAGGGACUCACAUCUGCCAGUGUCUCAGUGGGUGGAGGGACGAUGGAGGAGACGGCUGUCAGCCAAUCAACAACUGUAAUGCUCCUGAGCGAGGAGGCUGCCAUAGCAACGCCUCAUGCAUCUAUGUCGGCCCAGGACAGAGUGAUUGUACCUGUAAAUCCGGAUACAAAGGAAACGGUCUGGACUGUGAGGCUGUGAACCCCUGUGUGACGUCUGAUGGGGGCUGCCACUACCAGGCGAGCUGUCGCUUUGAGGCCUCUGAGUGGAAGUGUGUGUGUGAUGAACUUUUCGCUGGAGAUGGACGCAUUUGUUACGGGUCGCUGGAGCACGAACUUUCCAUCCUCCCAGUGACGCCUGAGUUCUACACAUGGAGUGCUGACUCUGGAGUGUCUCUGUCUGAGCCUGGGAACAUCACACUCCUCAUCCCAUCUUCAAGCGCUGUUCAGAGUUUAUCUUUAGAGGAUAAAAACUUUUGGACCUUAAAGGGAAAUCUGCCAAGUCUUAUCAGAAAUCACAUGAUCGCAGGGAACUUUCCAUUGUAUGUCCUCAACAAUAUUUCCUCUCUCACAACUCAACUGAAUACUUCACUGAGUGUCUCCGCAUCCAAUGAGGUGACAACUGUCGGUGAAGCCAAAAUAACCAUCUCUAACAUCGCUGCCACCAAUGGUUUGAUUCAUGUAAUUGAUAAGGUUUUGCUUCCGGACAGAAAGGCGAGCACAGGUCUGUUGGCAACUCUGGCUCUCACCCCAGAUGUGUCAUUGUUCAGAUCAUAUCUCAUGGCGUAUAACCUCACACAACUGAUUGAACGAGAAAAGUUCACAAUAUUUGCUCCAACAGAUGGCGCUAUCAACGCCUAUCUCAAAAGCAUCUCUGCAACUGCCCUGGACUUAAACACAACUCUCUACCACGUGUUGCCAACUCAAUCUCUUUUGAGAACCGAUCUACAAAUGGGAGGCUACAAAGCAACGAUGCUGGGCCGCUCCUUCCAGAUCGGCAUUUUCCCACGAGACGGAAAGCUGUUUAUUAACGACGCUCCAAUCAAUUCUUCAAACAUUUUAAGCGGAAAAGGCGUAAUCCACACAUUGUCAUCUGUCCUGCAAAUAAACAGAAAUCGUUGCGACAAGACCGUGAAUAACCAACUUUUUGGUAGCUGUGGAGACUGUUUUUUUAUCCCCCAUCAAUGUCCGUUUGGCUCCUUUCCCGAUAAUAUAAAGAAAAAGUGUUUGUUUACGCGGUACUUGGACGGUAAACGUACGAUAGAGCUGGGCUGCAAAGUACUAUGCCUCAAGCCCCAAGUGGUGCCGCAGUGCUGCCCUGGGUUCUUUGGGCAGAAUUGCGAGCCCUGCCCUGGCCCCAAGGAUCGGCCCUGUUUUGGUUUUGGCCGAUGCUCUGACGGGACCAACGGGACCGGACUCUGCGCCUGCGAGAAGGGGUUCAACGGCACGGCCUGCGAAACCUGCGAGAGCGGCAAAUACGGAAUCCACUGUGACCAGAAGUGUCUGUGUAAAAACGGCCAGUGUAACGAGGGGCCAAAGGGAGACGGCACCUGUGAGUGUGACGUCGGCUGGAGGGGGAUCUUUUGUGAUGAAAAAAUUGAAUUCAAGAGUGAGGAAUUGUGCGGCUCUGCCAAGUGCCACAGCAGUGCAAAUUGUGUGAUCGCUUCAUCUGGACCUCGGUGUCAGUGCGCCACCGGGUUUGAGGGAAAUGGGACUACAUGUCAAGAUGUAUACUUUGCUAAAGACGCCUGUUCUGUUGACAAUGGAGGCUGCAGUGUUUAUGCUGUUUGCAAGAGGACCCGCCCUGGACAAAGGCAGUGUGUCUGUCAAACGGGCUACACCGGAGAUGGCCUUGUGUGUCUUGAGAUAAAUCCAUGUCUGGAAGGGAAUGGAGGCUGUCAUGUGAACGCAGACUGUGUUCACGUUGGACCAAACAAAACGUCCUGCGCCUGUCACGAGGGGUAUGAAGGAGAUGGACAAAACUGUAAGAUGACCAACUUGUGCGACAUGUCAAAUGGUGGUUGUCAUAAGUACGCUACUUGUAAUAUGACUGGACCUAAUAACCGCACGUGCACGUGUCGUAGUAACUAUGUUGGAGAUGGUCUGACCUGCCGCGGUUCUGUAGGCAAAGAACUCUUGACUCGGAAGCAUAGAGACUUCUACCUCAGCCUGAUGAUUCUGGAGAUCUCUCUUAAAGGGCGUGGACCCUUCACAGUUUUUACACCGACAGAAAAAGCUAUUACAAGAAUUAAACAGGACCAGAAGAUUAAAACUUUGAUGUCAAGCAAUAAUAAAGAGCUGUUUGGGACUUUUUUACGCAGCCACAUCGUCAUGUGCCACACACUUUUGCCUUCAUACUUCAGCCAACCACGAAACAUUACCACAUUGUCCGGCUAUGUCCUUAAGUCACAGUUUUCAGAAGGAAAUAUUGUAAUAAAUGGGGCCAAUGUGACCUACAGUGAUGACGUCAGUGUGAAUGGUAUCUUCCAUGAAAUUGACAAUAUUUUAUAUUCCCCAAAUGAUGACCAAUUGAAAGAACUGAAGGAGAAAGUUAAUCUCACCACUGUGGCUGAGCGGAACGGCUACAGAACCUUUGUGAAACUACUGGAGGACACUGGGCUGACAAAAGUUCUGCAUGAAGAGAUAAACCAGCCUCUCACCAUCUUCAUGCCGUCUGAUGCUGCGAUGGCUGCUCUGCCCCAGGAGCAGAAGGACUUCCUGUACCACCCACAGAGCCGCGCUCAGCUGCAGGAGUAUCUCAUGUACCACAUUGUGCACACCCAAAAGUUAUAUGCUGAAAGAUUGGUUCAUCUGGAUCAUGCUCAAACGGUCCAGGGUUCAUCGCUCUCUUUCGGCUGCGGCGGCGCUGAGGCUGUUGGAGAUGUUUUUGUGAAUCAAAAGUGUCGUAUUAUUCAAAGACAUCUCGUGUUCGAUGUGGGUGUGGCUUAUGGGAUCGACUGUCUACUCCGCCCACCGAGCCUUGGGGGACGCUGCGACACACAGAACACAUUUGACCACACAACUGAGUGUGGCCUGUGUUCAUUUUCAAAUCAUUGUCCAAAAGGUUCAAAAUUUAAGGAGACACAGAAGUGUGACUUUCCAACACAUUAUAUCACAAGGAAUUCCGGCUGCCGCAGUUUAUGCACAAUUAUUUAUUGGAGGCCGAAGUGUUGCGAUGGUUACUUUGGGCGAGAUUGUCUAGCUUGCCCUGGCGGUUUACGGGCCACUUGCAAUAAUCGAGGUUUUUAUGGUGUUGCAUGUGAGCUGUGCAGCAAAGGUUUCUAUGGACGCUCCUGCAAAGAGUGUAAUUGCACUGAACAUGGAACGUGUGACGAUGGUAUGAAGGGAACAGGCCUGUGUUUCUGUGAGGAGGGUUGGACUGGAGACCGCUGUGAAACACAACUGGCGGAGGUGUAUAAAUGUUCCCCACCAUGCUCCCCUAAAGCCGUCUGUCAGCAGAACAACUCAUGUGUUUGUCGGCCGUUCCAUGAAGGGGAUGGGUUCACUUGUACAAUUGUGGAAAUCUGUCAGAUCCAGAAUGGAGGUUGUGCUCGAACGGCAAAGUGUUCUCCUAUAGCAGAGGGGGUGAGUUGCACUUGUCCAAAGGGAUAUUUAGGUGACGGUUACUCCUGCCAGCCUGUCGACCCCUGUGCCGCAGAGGACAAUGGGAAAUGCCACGAACACGCCACAUGCUCCAUGAUUGGACCGGGAAAGAGGAGAUGCACCUGUAAAAACAACUAUGUUGGUGACGGAACAAUAUGUGAAGUCAAACAGCUUCCCAUCAGUCGAUGUUUGCAAAACAAUGGACAGUGUCACCAGAACGCCAAGUGCACCGAUCUUCAUUUUGAAGAUGCGAUGCUUGGUGUCUUUCAUCUCCGCUCAACCAAAGGACAGUACAAACUGAACUACACAGAAGCUCAACGGGCCUGUGGUGACGAAGCGGCGAGCCUGGCGACCUACAACCAGCUGUCAUAUGCUCAGCAGGGUGGAUUGAACAUGUGUGCGGCUGGGUGGCUGGACCAGGCCCGAGUGGCCUAUCCCACCACUUACUCGAACCCAAACUGCGGCUUUGGACAUGUGGGUAUUGUGGACUAUGGAGUACGUAAAGAUCUUGGUGAAACGUGGGACACCUUCUGUUACAGAAUCAAGGAGGUGACAUGUGAGUGUGAAGUGGGCUUUGUUGGAGAUGGCUUCAGUUGCACAGGAACGCUUUUCCAGGUUCUCCAAUCCACUCCACAAUUUUCAAAGUUUCUUUCACAAAUCCUCAAUUAUUCAGAGGUUUCUUCUUCAGGCAAAGUGUUUAUAAGGCGUCUUAAUGACUUAACAACUCAGUCCACUCUUUUUGUACCGGACAACAGUGGACUGUCUGAUAACCAGACUCUUGCCCAACAAGAUAUUGAAUUUCACCUUUUGGAGGGGAAUGUUGUGUCUUUGGACCAAUUGCCAAAUGGCACUCGUAUCAGAAACCGGAUUGGGAGUCUCACCGUUCUCGGGAUCAGAGAUCUGCAGAACCCCUCCUCUCUGUCAUCACGGUACAUCAAUGAUCGCUUUGUAAUCAACUCUGACAUGACUUCAAAUGGAAUCAUUCACGUACUUCAGGGUCCUCUGAAGGCCCCGCCUCCUCAGGCAGAGAUGCAUGUAGCUCACAAGGCUGGGCUGGGUGUUGGCGUGGUUCUGUUGGUCAUUCUUUUGGUGGGAGUUGCCAUAGUUGGUUUGAAUUUCUAUAAACAAAACACCAAACCAUUCAGAUUUCACUACUUCAAGGAGGAUGAUGCUGACCAAGAUAAUACUGCUGCAGAUGGCUGCCAAAGCAUCUCUAACCCUGUUUAUGAAUCUGAGGCACAACUGGAGUCGCCUUCAAACACUUCAGAGCCCAAAGUUGCUGACCAAAACGGGGAGAGCAAUGGCAUUUCAUUUGACCUUCUUCCCGACAGCUGA